AUGAAGUACGACCCUGCCUCACACAGGAAGACGCGCAGGUCCCUAAUCCAGGCACUUGUCAUCUCCCGUCUGGAUUACUGCAACUCGCUGUUGGCUGGGCUCCCUGCCUGUGCCAUUAAGCCCCUACAGCUCAUCCAGACGCCGCAGCCCGUCUGGACACGCCUUCUUGAAGAGAGUGGCUCCUCCUCUCUGACCCUGACGACCUCUCGGCCGGGGCCAAAGGUGGAUAGGAAGGAGGGAGUGGUGGAUAAGGAGGAUAUAGAGGGGAACCUGUUGCGUCCUGCUGGACUCACACUCAGAGGAGCCAUCUUCACACUCAAAGUAUUCAGAGCUGAGGACCUGCCUCAAAUGGACGAUGCCUUUAUGGAUGGGAUGAGACAGGUCCUGGGAUUCGACAGCAACAGGAAGAACCUGGUUGACCCCUUAGUUGAAGUCAACUUCGCUGGAAAAACGAUGUGCAGUAAGAUCAUGGAGAAGAAUGCCAACCCUCAGUGGAAUCAAAGCCUGGCCAUGCCCAUACGGUUUCCCUCCAUGUGUGAAAAGAUGAGGGUUCGUGUCCUGGACUGGGACCGAGCCAGCCACAAUGAUGUCAUCGGGACCGCCCAUCUCUCCAUGUCUAAGAUCUCUGCCCCGGGAGGAGCGAUAGAGGGUGAGCCACUGAUCUCGACUGGUUUGGACUGGUUUGGACUGUCUGGGUUCCUGCCGACCUUUGGCCCCUGCUACGUCAACCUUUACGGAAGCCUCAGGGAGUUCACCGCCUUCAACGACCCCCACGAGGCUCUCAACUUGGGCAAGGGUGAGGGAGUAGCGUAUCGUGGUCGUGUUCUGAUGGAGCUCAGUACCAAGCUGGUGGACACGGUGCAGGCCAGUGUAGAAGACAUAACCAACGAUGACCUAUUGGUGGUACAGAAAUUCAUGCGUAAGAGAAAGUAUUCUCUCUUUGCGUCAUUCUACUCCGCCACGCUCCUCCAGGACGUUGACGACGCGAUACAGUUUGAGGUCAGCAUCGGUAACUACGGUAACAAGUUUGACAACACCUGUCUUCCUCUGGCUUCAACGACGCAGUUCAGCCGAGCUGUGUUCGACG